GUAGUGGCACAACACGUUCUCUUUAUAAACCAUUUCAAAGUCUAUUUCCUCUUGCCAUUCAUUACACUCUUCCCCACUCCUCUCUUCUCUUUUGCCUCUCUCUCCUUUUCUGGUGUUGAACAUCGAGAGCAAAGCAAAAUGGGACGUGCUCAGGCAGAUUCCUCAGAAGAACAACCUCAAGAAUAUGACCUUCAACCUCAAGAAUACCAGUAUGAGCCUACUUCUACUCAGUCCUUUGGAACUAAUUACUAUGAAUCAACCCAGCAAGACCCUUACCAAUCCCAUUUCACCGAAACUUGCGCAAAUGAUCCACAACAACAACAAGACUAUCAGCAAACACCUCAAUCUCAGCCGCAGCAAGCACCACAGUACCCACCACCGCCACCACCAUCACAAGCAGCUAACCAAGGCUAUGGCCCUCAACCAGCCCAGCCCGCACAGUUUCCGCCCAGAAGUGGACUGAAUAAUUCUGCAUACCCACCACCACCACCAUCUCGACCCGCACCUUUCCCACCCCAAAGCUCAAAUCUGCCCACUGCAUAUCCGCCACAAACAAUUCCCAUUCAACCCGUACAGUUCCCACCUGCAAGCUCCCAAACCAAUCCAGUAUAUCAAAAUGGACCGAAUAAGCCUGCAGCUUACCCACCACAACACCCACAACAGAUGACGGGCCAGCCCAUAUCAGGAAAUUAUCCUGCUCAAGUUUCGCCACAGCCUUUUCCUCCUCAGAAUGCUUUCACUCGGAACGCUUACCAAGCACCUCAGCCACAGGCAGCGUCAUUUCCUCCACAAAAUAAUGCUGGACAAGGGUAUAAUAUGGCAUCUUCGCCGUAUAAACCUGCAGUUCAGACACCGGUAGCCGCGCAAGGGUUUCCGGUGGGACAGCAAGUGCAAUACGGUGAAGGUUGGAGAACUGGGCUAUUUGAUUGCAUGGAUGAUCCAAUGAAUGCUCUCACAACAGCUUGCUUCCCAUGCAUCACAUUUGGCCAGGUUGCAGAAAUUAUUGACAAUGGCCAGACUUCUUGUGGGACGACCGGAUUGCUGUAUGGUUUGGUAUUAGGGCUUAUAGGGUUGCCGUGCAUUAUGUCAUGCAGCUAUAGAACAAAGCUUAGGGCAAAGUAUGGACUGGUAGAGGCACCAGCAGCUGAUUGGGUGACUCAUUUCUUUUGUGAAUGGUGUGCUCUCUGUCAAGAAUACAGAGAGCUUCAAAGAAGAGGCCUUGAUCCUGCCAUUGGAUGGCAGGGAAAUAUGAUGCUGCAGCAGCAGCAGCAGCCUCAAGUGGCUAUGAUGCCUCCAAUGAACCAAAAAAUGAUGCCCUGAUAAUGUAUUGUGUCUGUCUUAAAUAAUUAAGAAAAAUGUUUCUUUUGCUUUUUCGUUUAUUGUUUUGGUUAAUUGAGUUGAGUUUAAUUAUUCUUUGAGUCCUACAAUAAUUAAUCCACUUCUCACUGGCAAAGACCAUCCUGUACAAAUAUUAUGUUAUUAUGAAAUUUUGUCCAAAUGAGAUUAUUUCUAUUUUUAUUCC